AUCCUCUUUUUUCAAACCUUGUUAUUUGAGCUCUCCUUGUUUUUUUUAUUCCUCCGACAAGGACGAGGUUCCAAGAGAACUUAGCUUCUUGUUCUACGACACAAAAAUUAAUUCAAAAAAGAAAAAGAAGAGAGUUCAAUGAGAAAACAUUCUCUUGAUCGAUGGCUUUUAACAGCCGCUCUUGUGGUUCUCCUCUCGUCUUCUUCCUCCUUCGCGGCCAAAAAGGACGCGAAGAAGAAGAAGAGUAAUAAGGAGGUGACAUAUGAUGGAACCUCUUUGAUCAUCGAUGGCAAAAGAGAGCUUCUUUACUCUGGAUCUAUUCAUUACCCUAGAAGCACUCCUGAAAUGUGGCCAAGUAUCGUCAAGAGAGCCAAACAAGGCGGUUUGAACACGAUUCAGACAUACGUUUUCUGGAAUGUACAUGAGCCUCAACAAGGAAAGUUCAACUUUUCGGGACGAGCUGAUUUGGUGAAGUUCAUAAAGUUGAUUGAGAAGAAUGGCAUGUAUGUGACCUUAAGGCUUGGACCGUUUAUCCAAGCUGAAUGGACUCAUGGAGGACUUCCUUAUUGGCUUAGAGAAGUUCCUGGAAUUUUCUUCCGUACAGAUAAUAAACCAUUCAAGGAACAUACAGAAAGGUAUGUACGGAUGAUACUCGACAAAAUGAAGGAGGAAAGAUUGUUUGCGUCACAAGGAGGCCCCAUUAUAUUAGGACAGAUAGAGAACGAGUAUAGCGCGGUUCAACGUGCAUAUAAACAAGACGGGUUAAACUACAUUAAAUGGGCAUCUAAAUUGGUUGACUCAAUGAAACUCGGGAUCCCAUGGGUUAUGUGCAAGCAGAACGAUGCUCCUGAUCCUAUGAUCAAUGCUUGUAAUGGAAGACAUUGCGGUGAUACUUUCCCCGGUCCAAACAGAGAAAACAAACCAUCUUUAUGGACUGAGAAUUGGACUACUCAGUUCCGCGUGUUUGGUGAUCCGCCAACUCAGAGAUCAGUAGAAGAUAUUGCUUAUUCAGUUGCUCGGUUCUUCUCCAAGAACGGAAGCCAUGUGAACUAUUACAUGUACCACGGAGGGACUAACUUUGGAAGAACCUCUGCACAUUAUGUAACCACUAGAUACUACGAUGAUGCCCCUCUUGAUGAAUAUGGUUUAGAGAGAGAGCCUAAGUAUGGUCAUCUUAAGCAUCUUCACAGUGCUCUUAACCUCUGCAAGAAGCCACUUCUUUGGGGUCAGCCUAAAACCGAGAAACCUGGAAAAGAUACAGAGAUUAGAUACUACGAACAACCUGGAACCAAAACUUGUGCCGCUUUCUUGGCUAACAACAAUACUGAAGCUGCAGAAACCAUCAAAUUCAAGGGCAGAGAAUACGUGAUCGCGCCUCGUUCCAUUAGUAUUCUUCCCGAUUGUAAAACUGUUGUUUACAACACUGCACAGAUUGUUUCUCAACACACUUCAAGGAACUUUAUGAAGUCUAAAAAGGCGAACAAGAAGUUUGAUUUCAAAGUGUUCACUGAGACAUUGCCUAGUAAACUCGAAGGCAACUCUUACAUACCCGUUGAGCUUUACGGUUUGACUAAAGACAAGACAGACUAUGGAUGGUACACAACAAGCUUCAAGGUUCAUAAGAAUCACUUACCUACCAAGAAAGGAGUUAAGACUUUUGUGAGGAUUGCUAGUCUUGGACACGCGUUGCACGCUUGGCUUAACGGCGAAUACCUUGGAAGUGGACAUGGAAGCCAUGAAGAGAAGAGUUUUGUUUUCCAGAAACAGGUUACACUAAAAGCAGGAGAGAAUCAUCUUAUAAUGCUUGGUGUUCUCACAGGAUUCCCAGACAGUGGAUCUUACAUGGAGCAUAGAUACACCGGUCCUCGUGGUAUUUCCAUCUUAGGAUUGACUUCUGGAACACUUGAUCUCACUGAGAGCAGCAAAUGGGGAAACAAGAUCGGUAUGGAAGGUGAAAAACUCGGAAUCCACACUGAGGAAGGUUUAAAGAAGGUCGAAUGGAAAAAGUUCACCGGGAAAGCACCAGGACUUACAUGGUACCAGGCAUACUUUGAUGCACCAGAGAGCCUAAACGCAGCUGCUAUUCGCAUGAACGGAAUGGGAAAAGGGUUGAUUUGGGUGAACGGAGAAGGUGUUGGAAGAUAUUGGCAAUCGUUCUUGUCUCCAUUAGGUCAACCUACACAAAUAGAGUAUCACAUCCCUAGAUCUUUCUUGAAGCCCAAGAAGAACCUUCUUGUUAUCUUUGAGGAAGAGCCUAAUGUGAAGCCUGAGCUUAUGGACUUUGUCAUCGUUAACAGAGACACUGUUUGUUCUUAUGUCGGUGAAAACUACACUCCAAGUGUUAGACAUUGGACUAGAAAGCAAGAUCAGGUCCAAGCCAUCACAGAUAAUGUGAGUCUCACGGCUACUCUUAAAUGCUCAGGCACUAAGAAAAUCGCAGCCGUUGAGUUCGCUAGCUUCGGAAACCCUAUCGGUGUUUGUGGAAACUUCACACUUGGUUCUUGUAAUGCUCCUGUUUCAAAGCAAGUCAUCGAGAAGCACUGUUUGGGGAAAGCAGAGUGUGUGAUUCCAGUGAACAAGAGCACGUUCGAACAAGACAAGAAGGAUUCGUGUAAGAACGUUGCGAAGACACUCGCCGUGCAAGUCAAGUGUGGCCGUGGCAAGAAGAACUGAGAGUAUAUAUCAUCACAUUAUCAUAUGGUUCAAUGUAUCGUGUUUAGUAGACCAAUUUCAAAAUGUUGUGGCAUCGAUUUUUGUCGUUCUGUUUGUAUUUGAUUUCUUCAAUUUAACGCUAAUACACGAGUAAGGUAUUU